UUUUCAUUUCUUUCUCGUAGCCGCCCUCUCUUCGGUUCCCCCUUGCUCUUGGGAUUAGGGUUUCCUCUCGGUCGGAAUGGCACCGCCGUUGAACAAGCCGAGGACUGCCAGCCGGAAUCCGGAUCUCAUCCGGGGCAUUGGCAAGUUCUCGAAGUCUAAGAUGUAUCACAAGCGCGGGAUCUGGGCAAUUAAGGCGAAGAACGGCGGUGCAUUGCCCAAGCACUCCCCAGCGCCGGCGGCGGAGAAGCCUGCCGAGAAACCACCCAAGUUUUACCCCGCUGAUGAUGUGAAGAAGCCCAUCGCCAACCACCGGAAGCCUAAGCCUACCAAGCUCAGGGCUAGCAUCACUCCUGGGACUGUGUUGAUCCUGCUUGUUGGGAGGUUCAUGGGAAAAAGAGUUGUUUUCUUGAAGCAGCUUCCUUCUGGGUUGCUUUUAGUUUCAGGCCCCUUUAAGGUCAAUGGUGUGCCUUUGCGUCGUGUCAAUCAGUCUUAUGUUAUUGGGACAUCGACCAAGGUGGAUAUUUCUGGAGUGAAUGUUGACAAGUUUGAUGAUAAAUAUUUUAAGAAGGAAGCAAAGAAGAAGAAAAAGAAGACUGAAGGCGAGUUCUUUGAAACAGAAAAAGAGGACAAGAAAACACUUCCCCAGGAGAAGAAAGAUGACCAAAAGGCUGUGGAUGCUCCCUUGAUCAAGGCUAUUGAAGCUGUCCCAGACUUGAAGGCCUAUCUUGGUGCUAGGUUUUCUCUUAGGUCAGGCAUGAAGCCUCAUGAACUUGUUUUCUAGAUGUGGAACUACUUUCUUAUAUGUCCUUGCAUUUGUCCCAAAGAUUAGUUUGUGAUGUUGGUUUUGAAACAUUCAACGAGCCGAACUUGUUUUUGUUAUAUUUACUUUUCAUUGAGAAGAAUUCUGCCUAGUUGAGUCUCACAAUUACUAGA